CCCCCUUUAAUCAGAGUUUUAUUUCCUUUAUUUCAUCAGGUGACAGCCAAUCAGAUUAGAAGAGAAACCAGCAGCAUGUUGGAGGAGAUCAAUUUCACUUCACGUCAGUUUCAGUUCCUCCUUUGUUUUUAACAGGACGCUGAAGUCUCGCUCUGGAAGCUGUUGCAAGAAGACGCCCGGGGGAAACGUGAGUCAGAGCUGGACAGAGGAGAGAGAGAGAGAGAGAGACCGUGUCCUUUCAGUCCAGGUCCGGCCCGUCUGCAGAUCCUCUGAUGAGGAAAUGAACAACUUCCUGUGAAUGUGUCUCCAUCCAGAGGACCAGAGAGGAAGUGUCCCUGAAGGCAACACGCCUGUGCGUGCUUCAUGUGGCGUGGGAGGAGUGACAGCCCUGAGAGGGUGCAGGAGAGAAGACGCAGUCAGCAGGUCGACGUGUUCAGGGCCGGUCUCCAGCUGCAGAACCAGGCAGGAUCACAGCUGUUUGGUGGCAGCAGGACCAGAGAGGGACGCCGAAGACCCGGCUGAGACGGACCUGAUGGCUCGAGCUCCAGGUGACCCCCCCAGCGGUUCCAGUCUGACCACCAAGGAGCUGCAGCAGAACUGGAGGGCCUUGAAGCAGGGCGAGCGACCCGUCCGGCUGCUGUUUGAGAUCCCGUCCACUCGGAUCGUCGAACACGCUCCGUCCAAACACGUGGUGUACAAGAUCGUGGUGAUGCGUUCUGGCAGCUUUGAUUCCCGCCAUGUGUCGGUGGAGCGCCGCUACAGCGAAUUUUCCCGCUUCCACCAUCAGCUGCUGGGGGAGUUCAGGGAGGAGCUGGAGGAGGUAGUUCUGCCCCGGAAACACCUGACCAGGAACUUCAGCCCUGAGGUCAUCUCCGAGCGCCGCCUCGCUUUGCAGGACUACUUGGCCAAACUGUACGCCAUCCGCUGCAUCCGGCAGUCUCCCCUUUUUUCCGGGUUCUUCACGGAGCCAGAGCAGAGGCGAGGACAUGGUCUGCUGCGAGCGGGACAGUUUCAGCUGGCCGUGGAGCAGCUGCAGACCGUUUUGGACAUCCAGGAGAAGCUCUUACCGUGGCAGAAGCCCACCCUGACCGUACCGACCCUUGCCGCCCUCGCCGUCUGCUACCGGGACCUGGAGGACCCAGAACAGGCGUUUGCCGCCGCUCAGAGCGCUCUGCCUGCGGUGAGACGCUACGGGCUGAAACACUACAGAGCCGCGCUGCUGGACCUGAUGGUGGACACGGGAUACCAGCUGGGCCGACCCGUGGCCCAACUGCAGGACGAGCUGACCAUCCUGAGGGACGCCGAGAGGGGGGAGGUGUCCUCCCGCUCUCUGAAGGAGCUGGUGGUCCAGGAGUUCGUCUGAGGACGGAGGAGGUGAUCAAUACACAAACUAGUGGCGCCGUUACUCUGAUCGGCUGAUCGUUUGAUGGACCGAUCGGCGAUCGACUUCCUGAUCGACGCAUCAGAUUCUACAGAAGCUGCAGAAAUGGAACUAGAAUCAACACAGGAAGCAGCUCCUCAGCGUCCCUCUGUUCAACAGCUGAUGGCUUUGAAUCUUCAGUGAUUUAUUCAAUUUUUAUUAUACCUUCAUUUCACCAGGGAAGUUAAUUCAGAACAGAUUCUGGGAGGAGAGGAAGGCCUCCUGAAGCGAACAGGUACAUCUAAAUAAAACAAAAUACACAACAAACACAAAAGACGCAGGACAACAACAAACCUUAUAAACCAGGUACGAAGACACCAAAGGAAGGAAUAAUGGAAGACAUGAUAACAAACUAAGACAUGUGCUGAUGUACAGGGAGGAGAUGAAGGUUGAUGUUUGUGAACAUCAUUUAUGUCAGCAGGUGCUGGCUGUUCACCCUCUGCAGGAAACAAAGAGAACCUGCAGAGGAACUUUCAUCACAAACUGUUUCAACUACACACAAAGGAAACGCCACAAUUACUCAACAUGCUUCACUGUGUGUGGUCACCUCAUCUCAGAGACAGAGACAGGCGGGACUAUUUAAAAGCUGCUCAUUCUUAAAUGUGAGGCGAUGCUGCAUUGAGGUUACUUAUCCUUGUAGCAGUAUUAAACCCCCUGAAACACCUUCAGUGUAACUGACGCAUGACCUGCAGGGAACUCUGGGUAAUAAUCAGGCAGGGCUGAGUAAUACGAUGAAAAUGUUAUCACGAUAGAAACUUUCAUAUCAAAUCAAUAAUUAUCAGGAUAAAUGUCAGAUCUUUAUUUCUUUCAGGUCUGUUAUUAUAGGAACAAACAGAGGAUCACUUCACAGAUCUGAGGCCGAACUUUCUGAACUGUUCUGAUGAAAUCUGUUUCCAACAAAUCUGCAUGAGGAAAAUUAAGUUAAUCUUUUUUUCAUCAACUAUAUAAAUGUCUUAAUAGGAAAUGUAAUGCUGAUUCGUUCAUGAUUCAAAUAAAUUAAAUCAAAUAUU